AUGUUGGUCGAAUUUCUUCUGGUGGCCGCAAUUUCGAUUUCGUCGAUUUCGGCGUGCGGUAGGAUCCCUAGCGCAUCAAUUCUUAAUUGUAAUAAAAUUAAGCCGCUAAAUAGGACGAUCCGAUUGGCGCAGCCGAUGGCCGAUGGCGAUGAGAUCAUCGUCACUGGCAAUCUGUUCGAGGAAAAGGAUUUUGUGCUGGACAGAAAAAUUGGAAAAUUGUACGAGAUUCAUCUGACCGAUGGAAUCGGAUUCACCUACCCACAUCAAUUCCCUUCAUCUGUUGUUGUGACGACAAUCGCAAUUCUGGGGGAUUGGAAUGUCACCAAGCUAGAAAUGUAA